AGAUUAAUGAAUUAAAGACCAAAAUUCUAAUUAGAACAUUCAUUCAUCACCCAUCCUUUGCCCUUGUCUUGUUGUAUCCUAAAUAAAUUUGAAACACAGUAUUGCAAUUUAUAAUUAAAUAUAGAAUCAUUACUGCAGGUUAUGAUUAAACAUGUAAAAUAUUCAAUAUUGAAAGUGGAGCAAAACUAAACGAAAUGUAAGGACAUAGUAAUGUAAUUUAGUGUAUUGAAAUUGAUUAAAAUAAAGAGUAUAUAAUUUUUAAUAUUGUAGUGAUUUAAUGGCAACAGGUUCAUUUGAUCAAACUAUAAAAUUAUGGAGACCAAAAUCGGGCAUUUGUGUUGAAACUCUUAAAGGUCAUGAUGCUGAAGUCAUGUGUUUAUCAUUUGGCAACAAUAAUAAAUUGGCUUCUGGCUCUAUGGAUUCAACUUCUAAUAUAUAUGAUAUUGAAAAAUUCAAAAUUUUACAUACAAUUAAAGAUCAUAAAAUUUCAAUAGUGGGAGUUAAGUUUCAAGAUUCUAAUGUAUACACUGCUUCCUUUGAUGGAUAAAUUUCAGUAUGAUACUUGGAAUAUUAUAUAAUAGGUAAAUGAUACUAAAACAUUUAAGCAAAUAAUAAAAUUAUAAGAUGAGACAAAAGAGAUAUUUUAAAUGAAUAUAGAUCCAACUGGAAAGUAUCUUGGAACAAUAAGUGGAAAUAAAUAAUGUAAAAUUUGGGAUCUUAAGAAUCUUUAUAAACCUUUACAUGUUUUGACUGGACAUACUUAAGAUUUAACUACCUUCACAUUUGAUUAAUCAGGUACCAGAGUUUUGACGGGAUCAUAAGAUUCAACAGUAUUUCUAUAUGAGACUUCUACUGGUAAGAUGACUUAAAGAUUUUUUGGGCAUACUGAUGAAAUAGUUAAAGUAGUUUAUACUUAGAAACAUGAAAUACUUACUGCAAGUACUGACAAGACAGCCAGAUUAUAGUAUUAUUUUAAAAGUUUAUAUAUAGUACUAUAGAUGGAGUUUGCUAAUAGGUUUUAGAAGGAUAAGAAGAUGGAUUAAUGACUUUAUUAGUAGAUGCAAAAGGAAAGACAGUUAUAACAGUAGGUAAAGAUUCAACAUGUUAAGUGUGGAGAUUGUGA